UACAUCGUAAGAUGCAAGAAUUUCCCAGAACGGAUAUGAUGGACGAUACUCAACUAAAAUUCCCCUUGCAAACUUGGAACUACUAUGAAAAGAAAUGUGGUCCUAACCUCGUAACCAUAAGGGCAAUUUUGCUGCAAUAGUUGACUCAGUCACCAUCAACAUUCAACUAACUGUUCAAACGUCGUCGCAAGUCUUUGGAGCACAAAAACGAACUUCAGCCUCGACGACUCUGUCACCACUAACCAGCUCCGGCGGACAGCAAGCUGCCGGUGGCAUCAGCUUUGCACAAGGUACGCUAAUACAGUAUAGUCAUACCCAAGCUAUGGAAAAAUAUUUCAAGUUUGUUACUUUUCUCAAGAAACUUCCUACUGUUAUAAAAUUUGUGCGCAAUAGUAGAGAUAAAAAUUAAUUUAGAACAGUAAUUGGAGUUAUUCAAAGGGACAAAUUGUCUAUUUAUUUAGUCUUUUAAAUGGGUUGCUCCCCAAAGAAAAGAAAAGAAAAGAAAGUAAUGAAAUUGCAAGUGAUGCAAUUCUUUAUUUUUAUGCUGCCAAUUGGUUUCGGGACAGCGGUGGGUAAUUCAGUGGGGAAAGUAAAGAGAUGGGUUAUGGAGAAGAAGAGCCUCACUGGUCUGUGUUUGAUGGGGUGAAGACAAUUCCAGCAUCAGCUGAUGCAGUAAUUGCUGAGAUCGAUUCUGCCAUUUCUGCACUGGAGUAUGCCCGAGCUACUGCUUUCUUAUAUUCUAUUGUUGGUAAAAGUGACGACGGAAAAUUAAGUUCUAAAUACGAUGCUAAAAAGGCAGAUGAAGCUUAUAAAGCAGGGAUGGCAGCCAUGGCUGCUGGCAAGCUUGAUGAGGCCAUUCAGUUCCUAAAUAUUGCUCUUGCUAAGUGCCCGCCUGAUAAGACUUCUGCUGUUGCUAAGCUUCAGUCUCUUAUUUCUGUCACAUCUCAACAGCUUCGAAACUCCUCCAACUGAUUCUUCUAUGUGGUUAGAUGUGAAAGGGAAAGCUUUAGGUCUCAUGACAGAGUCAAUACCCCAAAAGUAAAGUCGCUGGUUAUGAAAUCCAAGUAUACAUCAUACUAUCACUCCUUUUGCUGAAUUUUCAAAAACUGAUCGUGAUGAGCCACACAAAUGACAAGCGUUAAUCUUCUUAAUCCAAGGAAGAGACUUUGUCCCCGUGACAGAGGUGUGUCAGCUCAUGCAUAAUAUUCUGCAUACAAUAUAUCUUUCUCCUCUCUCUCGUGAAUUAAUUUUUCUCAUGUCUGUGCUCAGAAAAUAGCUCUGGGUGCUGAUGAAAGAGACAAAUAUCAGAAGGUUUUGAACAUCUCAAAACACUGGUGGUAGCAUCAUCAGCUGUGACAUGGGUGUUGAGCUUCCAAUGCCUUGGUCAAUGAAUAUAUGCAUCUUCAGCUCUGGCCCACUUUUGUUGUUGGCGCGGCUGAAUAUUAUGUUUCUGUGCAUUAUAGCUCGCUUUGAGAUGAUUUCUUGAAGGCAUAUGUGAGAUAGAAGAUCAUACUUCAAUAGUUGCAUGGCAGAGGGAAACUAGUUUUGGUAGGAUCUGAAAAUUGUAAAAUGACAUUCUCGAAACUAGUUGCUGCUAUACCACUUCUGCUGUAAGUUGAUAUUCUAUCUGGUCUUUAAAGUUGUGUACAAAAACUUGAGUUGGAUGAUGUACAAGUAUGAAUGUAACGCUCGA